AUGGCUCCCAAGGGCAACGUUACGACCCGGUUGAACCCGCUCCGCCUGAACACCAUCAACCACCUCCGUGUUCGCCGACCGAAUCAACAUGAGCAGAAUGCUUGCGUUACUGUCAUGUCUUCAAUGCUGAACUGCUGGGCCUCCCAAGGCUACGGCCACGAGGGUUGUGCCGCCCUUGAGGCGCAAUUGCGCAAGUGCAUGGACGCACCGAAAUCGCAAGAGAAGAAGAAGAACACUGUCAACUACCACCUGAUGAGAAUGUACCCCAAGGUUGUGGGACCGCGCAAGAAGGACGGUGUUUUGGGUUAA